UUUAGAGAGUUUGUCCAAACUCGGAAAUAGCGUCUCGCAAUCAAGCAAUCAGUUGCAAUAACGCGUUCAAACGGCUAAGAUCGGUUCGGAACGUUAGCUCAGUCACUUGUGCAUUAAGAAGGAAAAUUUGUAAAUAAGAAAGACAUAAAAUACAAAAUCAUUAAAAAAUGGUGGAAACAGUAGUUACCGUUGAACGCAAUACUACCACACAAACAACAGCGCCCAGUGGUGGCGGUGGUCUCAGCGCAUUGAAAAUCAAUAUCGGUUACUUUACGACAGUGCCUGGCAUAUUGAAACUCGUUCAAUUCGUGCUCGGCAUUAUUUGCAUGGCCUGUGGUUCACCCGCCUACAUCGCUGCCACGUCAUUCUUCCUAUUCGUGGUUGUAAUCUCGUUCAUUGCGACAAUUUUAUGGAUUUUCGCUUAUCUUUUGGGUAUACGUGAAGCUUUGAAUGUUGCCGUCAAUUGGAUAUUCACAGAAUUGCUCAACACUGCGAUAUGCGCGCUCCUGUAUUUCAUUGCCUUCGUAGUGCAAUUGGCCAAAUGGUCUGGUUAUCCGAGUACAUGGGCUUAUGGUUCGAAUAUUGCGGCCGGAGUUUUUGGUUGUUUCAACUUUUUGGCCUACGCUGCUGGCGCAUAUUUUCUGUAUUUGACGCAUAAGAGCGGCGCAAAUUAUUAGACGAGUCAAAAGAGUGAAAUUAAAAAAAAAAAAACACAAGAGCAACAACAAAGAAAAUAAAAGAAAUAACUUUACAAAUAUUUUUUCAAAAAAAUGUGCAAAACAAAAGAAACUAGUAGCUCACCUCAUAAACUUAUGCCACCAUACCACCAAAAGCACUGAGCACAAUCCAUACAUAAAACAGCAACAACAAUUAGAGGCAUAUUUACAACAAUGCGACAACACUUACAAAUGCCGUUUUGUGUUUGUUUUUGCGUAAAUGAAACUCACUGUUGUAAUUAGUCAAAAUGUAAAAAAAAAAAAUUAGAACAAAAAAAAAAUUAGCUUUUAACAUUUUUAUUGGUAGUGUACUGCAAUUC